AUGAUUCCAGCGCGCAAAAAGAAUGACAUGACAGCCCCCACCUCCCUGGGUUUUUACAACAGCGUCGUCAUGUCCCACCGCGUCAAACCAACAAACUCCCACAUUCACAAAUCCUCAGCCUUCAAAUCCUCAGCACAUGUUCUUAAAUACAUCCCUCCCAUCCACCUCCCUCUCACACGAACACAAUCCCAUCGAACCAUUGGUCCGCCCAUUUGA